AUGCUCAAGGAAGACUCAUUAUCUUUGGUAAUAUCCACUUCUUCUUCUGCCUCUGCAAUCUUUCCUUCCCCUCGGCUCAUAUUCUUACUCCAGAAUCUGUUGUCACUUGUCCUGGCCCCAGUUGAGGUUGAUAAUCCUGGCAUCGGCAUACAAGCUGUUGCCCAGCGACCGAUACGACCAGCCGAGCUACCUCCACCAGAGGGCCUAUUCAAUCCUAACGAUUCGGCUGCUUGA